CGCGCGUAAAAGAGCGCGCACAGCUGUCAGCACCAAGGACAGCGCUCCGCCGCAGAACAACAGCCGACGGACGCGCAGAGAGGCGGACGAUACGAGACGCAUCACUGAUUUCUGCUGCAAGGCUUCAUCCACUAUGCUACUUUCUUGCUCUGCCUGACUUGAGAAAGGGGGGAAUUUGGAUUUUCUCAGAUGCCAUCGCUUCAAUGGAACCAUGAACACAUCGCCGCAGUGUGUGUGAAUUUCGCACCUGGGAUUGUUUUACACUUUCAAUUGGCACACUGGACAUUGCGUUCAUUCUCCUCCGCAAGCGACUAGCUCCAGGGACUAAGAGAGGAGGACAGCGGGGGUCUCCGUGCGCUCUUCUGGCCCUCCACACGAUGCGUCUGCUUCUGCUGGCCGCGUUAUUCUCCUGCUCCUGCGUGCGGGGCGGCUGCGAGCCCAAGAUUGUGAACAUCGGGGCCGUCCUGAGCCAGAAGCGGUACGAGCAGGUGUUUAAAGAUGCCGUCACCCAGGCGAACCAGGUGUACGGACGGGAUAAAUUCAAGUUGACAGCCAUCUCUGUCACUCACAAAGCCAACGCGAUUCAGAUGGCGCUGUCUGUCUGCGAGGAUCUCAUUUCCAGUCAGGUGUACGCCAUCCUGGUGAGCCAUCCACCCCAGUCUAAUGAUCAUCUGACACCUACUCCGGUCUCCUACACCGCUGGUUUCUACCGCAUCCCCGUUGUGGGGCUCACCACCAGGAUGUCCAUUUACUCAGACAAGAGCAUUCACCUCUCGUUCCUGCGCACAGUGCCACCAUAUUCCCACCAGGCACAUGUGUGGUUCGACAUGAUGCGGGAGUUUCGCUGGAAUCAUAUCAUCCUAAUAGUCAGCGACGACCACGAAGGCAGAGCAGCGCAGAAACGACUAGAAACACUUCUGGAGGAGAGAGAAACCAAGAAUAAAAAAAGGAACUAUGAAAACCAAGACCAACUGUCCUAUGACAACAAGAGAGGACCUAAGGCCGAGAAAGUGCUUCAGUUCAACCAGGAGACUAACUUAACUGCCCUGCUCCUGGAGGCCAAAGAGCUGGAGGCCAGAGUGAUCAUUCUCUCUGCCAGCGAGGAAGAUGCAGCCGCCGUGUACAAAACAGCGCGCUUCCUCAACAUGACAGGCUCAGGCUAUGUUUGGCUGGUCGGGGAGCGUGAGAUGUCCGGUAAAGCUUUGAGCGAGGCCCCUGAUGGGCUGAUUGGCCUCCAGCUAAUCAACGGGAAGAAUGAGUCGGCACACAUCAGCGAUGCUGUUGCUGUUGUAGCCCAAUCCAUCCAAGAGCUCUUCGAGAAAGAAAACAUCACAGAGCCUCCAAGGGGUUGCGUUGGCAAUACUAACAUCUGGAAGACCGGUCCACUCUUUAAAAGAGUAUUGAUGUCUUCCAAGUACCCAGAGGGCCUAACAGGACGUGUUGAGUUCAAUGACGACGGCGACAGAAAGUAUGCUCAUUACAGCAUCCUCAACUACCAGAAGAGCAGACUGAUUCAAGUUGGCAUUUACAAUGGAACACAAGUGGUGAUGAACAAACAAAGGAAGAUCAUUUGGCCUGGAGGUGAAACAGAGAGACCGAGAGGAUUCCAGAUGUCUACUCGAUUAAAGAUAGUGACCAUUCAUCAGGAACCCUUUGUGUAUGUGAAGCCAACUACGCUGGAAGGGACCUGCAAGGAAGAGUACACACCCAAUGGAGUCUUAAUUAAAAAGGUGAUCUGCACUGGACCGAAUGAGACCAUCCCAGGACGCCCAAUUGUACCCCAAUGUUGCUACGGAUUUUGCAUUGACCUUCUGAUCAAGUUGGCUUUAACUAUGAACUUUACCUAUGAAGUACACCUGGUGGCAGAUGGAAAAUUUGGGACGCAGGAAAGAGUAAAUAACAGUAACAAGAAGGAAUGGAAUGGCAUGAUGGGUGAGCUCCUGGGUGGCCUUGCUGACAUGAUCGUUGCUCCCUUAACGAUCAAUAAUGAACGAGCCCAGUACAUAGAAUUUUCCAAGCCUUUUAAAUACCAGGGACUCACUAUCCUUGUGAAAAAGGAAAUUCCUCGUAGUACACUGGACUCAUUCAUGCAGCCUUUCCAAAGCACCUUGUGGCUACUGGUGGGUCUGUCGGUACAUGUGGUGGCGGUGAUGCUUUACCUAUUAGACCGGUUCAGCCCAUUUGGAAGGUUUAAAGUAAACAGCGAAGAAGAAGAAGAAGAUGCCCUCACCUUAUCUUCAGCUAUGUGGUUUUCUUGGGGUGUCUUGUUGAACUCUGGAAUUGGAGAAGGUGCCCCACGUAGUUUUUCAGCAAGAAUAUUGGGAAUGGUGUGGGCUGGCUUCGCUAUGAUUAUAGUAGCAUCCUAUACUGCCAACCUGGCUGCCUUCCUAGUGUUGGACCGGCCUGAGGAGCGCAUCACCGGCAUCAACGACCCAAGGCUGAGGAACCCAUCAGACAAAUUCAUCUAUGCCACAGUGAAGCAGAGUUCGGUGGAUAUUUACUUCCGGCGACAAGUUGAGCUGAGCACCAUGUACCGCCACAUGGAGAAGCACAACUACGAGAGCGCCGCUGAAGCCAUCCAGGCCGUUCGGGACAACAAGCUGCAUGCUUUCAUCUGGGACUCUGCGGUGCUGGAGUUUGAAGCCUCGCAGAAGUGCGACCUGGUGACCACGGGAGAGCUGUUUUUCCGUUCGGGCUUUGGCAUAGGCAUGCGCAAGGACAGCCCCUGGAAACAGAAUGUGUCCCUGGCUAUUCUCAGUUCCCAUGAGAAUGGCUUUAUGGAGGACCUAGAUAAAACCUGGGUGAGAUACCAGGAGUGUGACUCAAGGAGCAAUGCCCCAGCCACACUCACCUUUGAGAAUAUGGCAGGGGUCUUCAUGCUAGUUGCUGGAGGCAUUGCAGCAGGAAUCUUCCUUAUCUUCAUCGAGAUUGCAUAUAAGCGCCAUAAAGACGCCCGCAGGAAGCAGAUGCAGCUAGCCUUUGCGGCCGUCAAUGUCUGGAGGAAGAACCUACAGGACAAUAAGGAAAGCUCAGGGAGUCAAGCUGUGGGUGCGGCUGGGACUCCAUCUUUACCCUCUUCCUCUGUAGAGACUCAGGAUGAUAGGAAAAGUGGUAGAGCAGACAGCGACCCAAAAAAGAAACCUUCUUUUAGGUCCAUCAGUACCACCCUGGCCUCCAGCAUCAAGAGACGUAGGUCCUCCAAAGACACGCAAUACCCACCCACAGACAUUACGGGCCAGCUCAACUUGUCGGACCCGUCUGUCAGCACGGUGGUGUGAGGGAGAUAAAGAAGGAGAGUUUAACAUAGAGACAUGUUCAUUCUUUAGAGAACAACAAGAGGAGAGAUGUAGUACCACUUCUCUAGGUUUUGCACAAUGGAUCCAUCAUGGACGAGAACUACUGAGCCAUUUCACAUUUACCAAUGGGACCUGAUGGAAAUUGAUUGUGGACUGCAGAGGAUGGCAUGACACUGCAAUGCACUGGAGCGCUGCGAACACACAGACCAUAUAUACACAAACACAGCUUGAUGCUAAACUUAGUAUACACCAUCACAUCAUUCCAUCCAUCAGAACAUCUUCUGUAUAAAUUCUUUACGAUUAUUGUAGAAAUAUUUCUUACGAGUAUUAGUGACUAUUCCUAUGUUCAUUUAGUGGUUUAAGUAUUGUACAGUAUAAUUUAGAAUUAACUAACUAAUAUUCAAAGCCGAUUCUACGGCUGAUAUUUAACUAGAUGUAGUAUGAUUAAUUAUAUUUAUUUACAAACAUAUUUAGACAUAUUUUACUUCCUUUCUGUUUUUAAUUCUUUGUCUAUAUAAUCUAUAAAGCAAAAUGUCCGCCAAUUAAGCACAUUAUCUGUGCUGUUUUAAAUUGUCUUUUAUAUACUACCAUCCCUCUGCAUGUAACAUGCAUGUAAACUUGUCCCUCAAGGAUUAUGGAGAACAAAAAUAUAUUGUAUACCCCUAUACACAUCACAGAAAAGAAAAUUAGAAACGAGAUGUGGCUUAUUGCACAUCGAACUCUCCUUCAAACUCCAGUUCUUCCUCUUUAAGCUUCUCAACUUCAGUCUGAAGGGUGCAUCAAGGGGCUGAGUUUUUUCAUCCAACUAGCACUUGGUGUCUCGUGCAAAAUUAUUUCUGUGUGCCAUCAUCAUAGAUGACCUCAGAGAUCUUUUGCAUGAGAAACAAAAACCCAAGUGUGCCCCUUUGUUUUCAAUGAUGGUGCUGCCCUUUUUGGAUACACCCAUUGGUUAGAUGACAAAACUGGCCCGUUCCCUAGUUCUGGGGUUGAGAACCAUCAACAAAUCAGUACAAAUAAGGACUGCUUACUGUAAAUGUCCACUUUAAGCUAUUUAUGUGACCAAUGGAAACUCCCCUAUAAGAGAGAUCACCUACCUAGCACUUUAAUGUGAAUCGUUCAGAAGCUAUAUGCGUAUGGAAAUUAUGCAAUUUGCCAAAUGUUGAUUGUAAUACUCGUACUUGAUAUGAAAAUGCACAUUUGAGAAUGCGAAAUGUGUUAUAUAUGUAACUGUCGGCUGUUCGAUUUUAGCAAAACACUCCUUUUGUAGUUUUCAUAUAUCAAGGUGUUUAGACAAAUUUGUUUCUGAUAUUCCAGAGUGAAACUGUCAAAUUCUUCUAGAUAUUCUCUGUUUACGACUAUCCACUUUAGGUUUUAGCCUUUUCAAACUGACAGGUGUAUGUAAGGUAUGUUUUCUCAUUGCUUGGGUCAAUGAAUGUGGUUUGUACUCCAGAAGAACAAUGUAUUAUAUCCGAUUUUAGGGCAUGUGAACGUUGAAUUGAGUUUUUUGCUGCCUGGACAACUAGAUUGCCGUAUGAUUUUAAGAAAUUGUUGAUAAAAAGGGAGUGUUUUUAUGAGAAACUUUCACAAUGUAAAUGACACAAUCAGAUAAACGCAUAUCCUGAGCAAAAGUCAUAUUUAAACAAGUGCAACGUGUAUGUUUCUGUUCAUUUUAGAUAUUUCCUUAAACGAACACAAUGUUUGCAUUUUGACAAAAAUAUCUAGAAUUAACAUUUCUGUGUGCCAAUAAAUUUGUGCCAUGUCAGUUGCAGACUACAA